AUGUUCAGGCUCCUCACCGAACUCACACCGGGCCUCUCAUCGAUCCACCCAUCCACCUGCGGCCUCAUUCCGGGCCUGAACAAACGACAGAAGGAAUUGUGUGCCCGGAAUACCGACACGAUGAAUCAUGUCGUUUCCGGGUUGAGAAUGGCUGUUGAUGAGUGCCAACGAACCUUUGCCACGAAUGUGUGGAACUGCUCGGUGACGGCGAGGAGUGAACAGCCGAUGAAAGCUGCUUCCAAAGAAUCCGCAUACGUCUAUGCCAUCGCCGCCGCCGGUAUGUCCCACUCGAUUGCUAAAGCUUGUUCGAAGGGAGUCAUCGGCGACUGUUCUUGCGGCCCAAUGCCGAGCACGAUGUCCCAAAAAUAUAUCUGGGCCGGGUGUUCGGAUAAUGUAAAGUAUGGAAAUACUUUUGGAAGGAAGUUCAUUGAUGCAAGCGAUAAGGAGAACAAGGACGCAAGGUCGAUGAUGAACCUCCACAACAAUCGGGUCGGCCGUCGUCUUCUCGCCAAUUCCAUGCGUAAAGAAUGCAAAUGCCAUGGAGUUUCCGGAAGUUGCGUGACGAAAACGUGCUGGAAGGUGGUCCCCCAGUUUGAUGAGUUCGCGAUGAAGCUCAAAGAGAAAUACGACUUUGCCCAGCAGGUAGCUGCGGCUCCGCACAGUGAAGAACUUGUGCUAAAAGACCCGCCUCCCGUAGAAGGACUCCGGGUUGGCCGAUUCUUGGACGUGGAGAAGGAGCGGAAUAGGGUCCCCAAAAACGACCUCGUCUUCCUGGAAUCAUCUCCGGAUUACUGCCAAAAAUCGACGGAAGGCCGUGAAUGCACCAAUAAUUGUCGAUCGGUGUGCUGUGGAAGAGGUUGGACGACGGUUCGCGAAGUCGUCGAAGAGCCCUGCCACUGCAAAUUCAUCUGGUGCUGCGAGGUGAAGUGCAAGACGUGUUCAAGGAUCGUGGAUAAGAAUUACUGUAGA